GAUCUAACAGGAAAAGAACGAUUACAAAACGUUACCAAUAUUAUUAGACUGAGACGUUAAAUUAGGUGCGGACCGGAGGAUAAGCAACCGUCAUCAAUGGGAGGCGACAAGCUGAGUGCCACCAGCUCUCUCACCCGAGCUCCGUCUUCCUGGUUUUCUCAGUGCUGGUCUUCUGCUCGUAGGACCAAACCGUUAAAUUCUCCCUACGAUACUAUCGUCGCUAAAAAUUCCCCCGAUGGGCUCGUCCGCCGUCUUGGUCUCUUCGAUCUUCUCCUCCUCGGCGUUGGCGCCUCCAUUGGAGCCGGUAUCUUCGUUGUCACCGGAACUGUCGCUCGCGAUGCAGGACCUGGAGUCACAAUCAGCUUUAUACUUGCUGGAGUAUCGUGUAUAUUAAAUGCACUUUGCUAUGCUGAGCUAGCUUCUCGUUUUCCUGCUGUUGUUGGGGGAGCAUACUUGUAUGCUUAUUCGGCUUUCAAUGAACUCACUGCUUUCCUUGUUUUUGGUCAACUGAUGCUUGAUUACCACAUUGGGGCAGCUAGCAUUGCACGAAGUCUAGCAAGUUAUGUAGUCACAAUUUUAGAGUUGUUUCCCAUUUUUAAAGACCACAUUCCAAGCUGGAUAGGACAUGGUGGUCAAGAAUUCUUUGGAGGAGCGCUCUCUAUCAACAUACUGGCACCGAUUCUCCUCGCUCUUCUGACUGUAAUUUUGUGCUGGGGCGUUGGAGAAUCUUCGCUUUUCAACUCUUUCAUGACUGUGACAAAGGUUAUCAUUGUUAUUGUCGUCGUCUUUGUGGGCGCUUUCGAGGUUGAUGUUUCAAAUUGGUCACCUUUUGCACCAAAGGGUGCUAAAGCAAUAUUAACUGGAGCAACUGUAGUAUUCUUUGCAUAUGUUGGAUUUGAUGCGGUUGCUAAUUCUGCUGAAGAGUCAAAGAGACCACAGCGGGAUUUGCCACUGGGCAUCAUAGGAAGCCUUUUCAUAUGCAUUGUGUUGUAUAUUGGGGUUUGUUUAGUGAUCACUGGGAUGGUACCUUACAAUCUACUUGGAGAAGAUGCUCCUUUGGCUGAAGCUUUUAAAUCCAAGGGCUUGAAAUACGUUUCUAUUUUAAUCAGCAUAGGCGCUGUUGCUGGACUUACAACCACUCUCUUAGUCGGUCUUUAUGUUCAGUCUCGUUUAUACCUGGGCCUUGGAAGGGAUGGAUUACUGCCUGCUAUAUUUGCUAAAGUGCACCCAAUACGUCACACUCCUGUUCAUUCUCAAGUUUGGGUUGGUAUUGUUGCUGGAAUUUUGGGUGGAUUAUUUAAUGUCCACAUGCUUUCACACAUUCUCUCAGUUGGUUCGUUGACAGGUUAUUCUGUUGUUUCAGCUUGCGUCGUCACCCUUCGCUGGAAGGAUAAGGCAGUGAGUCAAGUUUCUGCAAGAUGGACUUCAGCCUGGGUGGAAGGUGUCACUUGGCUUUUCAUCGUUGCCUGCUGUGGCUUCAGUGCUGGGCUGUUUUAUCGUUAUGGUGCUUCAUUUAUUUUUCUGGGUAUAGCAGUUGUCAUAGCUAUACUUGCUGCAGCAGCUCUUUAUUUCCGCCAGGCUUACACUGAUCUUCCUGGGUUUUCUUGUCCUGGAGUUCCGAUUGUUCCAACUAUUAGCAUCUUCUUCAACAUUUUCCUAUUUGCCCAGUUGCACCAUGAAGCAUGGGUGAGAUUUGUUGUCCUUAGCCUUAUUAUGUUAGGAAUUUACGCAUUUUACGGGCAAUAUAAUGCCAAACCGAGUUCGGAUGAGGUUGUUGUUUAUCAAAGAGCUCCUGGAGAAGCAAUUCAGUAGCAGCAUGUUCAGAUUGUUAGAUGAUGAUGCGGCUUUGUGCUGUUGCGGUAAUUGUUGUCUUGUACUGUAUCAACCAUGUAUAAUUUGUAUGGCCAUUCGUGUACAGACAUUAGUUUGUAGAAAUCCACUUUUAGAAAUGAGAUGUCUGGAAACGCAUUUCAUACAUUUUAUUGUC